AUGUCGUCUACCGGAGCUCUUCCUCAGACUUUAAAGUCUAUCACGACUACCAAAAUCCGCGAGUUAUCCAAGCAGCGUGUUCUCUUCGACAGAAAGAAGAAGCAGAUCGUGGCAGAUGCCACUGCAGCCCAGGAUCUUCGUGCAAAGGCUCGGAUCCUGCUUGAUGGCCUUUCCUCUUUGAAAGGGUAUCCCAAGGAUCCCCUCGACCAAGAUGACAUGGACCUGGACCUCCCUUCGUACUACCGCAAUGAAGAUGGCACGGGGCUCAACACCCAUGGCAUGGGCCAGCUAUUCCAGGCCGACCACACCAACAUUCGGCGAUUUCUUCUUCAGGCCCGAUAUGACGCUUCAAUAUCCGACAACAUGGUGCGCGAAUGGAUUUCAAAGUUAGAGAAUGAACUGCAGUUCCUGGAGCUAAAACACGAGCAUGCUUCCUUCUACACUAAGCUCGUGACGGAAUGGCUCUCAAAUUUGGACGAGUCGACAUCAUCUCCCGAGAUUGCAGGAGCCAGCUUUGAGAAGGUUGGUCGGGUGGAGAUGCAUGAGCAGCGAGCAAUCUGGGAAGAGCUUGUCUUCACUCCAGGAGAUCAUGUCGAUAAGGAUUCAAUUCGUGCUUAUCUCGACAACCUCUUCACCAAGUCGAAGCUCUCGCGCCAAGCCCUCGAGCUGCUCCGCGGCGACAUGCAUAAGCUUGGAUCGGAGCUGGCUACUCAAGGAGAGUGGCUCGAUGAGAAGUCGCUCGAGUGGGUCUCAGAUGCUUUGAUGAACUCGGACAUGCUCAGCGACGAGAAAACAAACAUUCUCAAGGAGUUCAUGCGCAACAAAGAGGUUCACCAGGAGGUAGCAGACGUGCUCAACAUGCGCCUAGCUUCCUUAGAGAGCUGGAACUGGGGAAAUGAUGGCAUUCCAGUCGAAAUGCGUCGGCAGUUAAAUGGAAAGUACCGCGUAUUCAUGGAUGCGGAUCUCCUUGAUAGCCUUAUGCUACAAUAUCUGGGUACGACUUGGGCUGUGAAAUUUCGAAGCACUGCUUCAAAGUUCUUUAGGUCUCUGGCUUGGACUCCGGUCCAAGAGGAUAUCCCUGAAGAAUACCGGGAGAAGCGCAAAUACUUUACUCAAGACACUGAGCCAGACCAGAUCCAAGGUAUAAACGGUGAGAGGACCUCCAGGUACCAGUCGGACUACUUCAUGAGUCAAUUGCCCGAAACGGUCAUGGAGGGUUCUCGCAAUUAUGACGAUGACUCGAAGUCAAAGAACGCUUUGGAGACAAAACACUCCCUCCUUCAUCUUCUGAUUACAGAGUCCAUUAUACAGAAGGAGCUGAGAGGGGAAUUUACCGCCAUUCGGUCUGACUAUCAGUGGUUUAGCCCUGGUUUGUCUCAUGCUACCAUCUUGACAGUCCUGGGAUAUUUUGGUGUUCCUGAGGUGUGGCUCAACUUCUUCAAGGUGUUCCUGGAAGCACCCCUCAAGUUCGUCCAAGACGGACCCUCUGCUUCCACACGAGUCCGAAAACGCGGUGUGCCGAUGAGCCACACACUGUCCGACUUUUUUGGAGAAGCGGUGUUGUUCUGUAUGGACUAUGCAGUUAACCAGGACACCCACGGCGGUAUAUUGUAUCGACUCCAUGACGAUUUCUGGUUCUGGGGCACCGAAGAGACCUGCAACCGGGCAUGGCUUGGGAUGACCAGUUUUGCAAGUGUGAUGGGCUUGCAGUUCAACAUGGAAAAGACAGGGGCUGUACGGAUGGGAUCAGCAGCCCUGACGAAGAAUACCAUUCUGCCUCAGGGAGACAUUCGUUGGGGCUUCUUGGUUCUUGACGCAGAGAAGGGGAGAUUUAUCAUUGACCAGGCCCAAGUGGACCAGCAUAUUGAGGAGCUUGAUCGGCAACUCUCGUCUUGCAGGAGUGUUUUCGCGUGGGUCCAGGCAUGGAAUGGCUACUUUGGACGCUUCUUCACCAACAACUUUGCUCGUCCCGCGAUGUGCUUCGGCCGGGACCAUAUCGAUAUGGCCAUCUCUACCCUCAGUCGGAUCGAGAAGACUCUAUUUUCCAAGACAUCCGAUGGGGCUUCUCAAGGAAAAGGCGGAGUUACGGAUUACCUACGGAGUAUCAUGGUCGAGCGAUUCGGUGUUCGGGACGUGCCAGAGGGAUUCUUCUACUACCCCGUGGAGCUUGGCGGUCUUGGUCUUCUCAAUCCAUUUGUCCGUCUACUUGCCAUGCGCGAGAACAUCAAGCAAACUCCUCAGAAGCGACUGCACCGGGCCGUGGUGGCCGAUGAAGAAGACUACCUACACACAAAGCAGGAAUUUAAAAGCUCGAGGCACUCGACCUUGCCGUAUGGCGAGAAAGCAACAUCAUCCAUGACCCUGGAGGAGUUCAUGAUGUACCCCGAAACGUUCAGUUCGAAUUGGCUUGAAGCCUAUUUAGAUCUAAGACAUGUGCCCGAGGAAUUGAGUGUCUCACCCACCGCGAGCUUCUCCAAGCACCAGAGCGGCCUCGAGUCUCGAAGAUCGACCAAGGCCAGCCCGAUUUCCUCCAGAUGGGAGUUAAUGACCCCGUACUGGCGCUGGGUUGCUGAGCUAUAUCAUGAAGAGAUGGUGCGUACGUAUGGAAGUUUGGCUGCCGUGAACCGGGAGUUUAUGCCACUGGGAGUUAUCAAGACUUUGCAGCAGGAUCGGUUCCGGUGGCAGGGCUGA